AGUCCCGGCCUACCACACUCGGGACCGCCCUCUGCCCACACGCACCAGGCGAGCUGGGGCACCUGCGUCAUCAGAGCACUGAUGGAGCCCCCACCUCCUCUCCCUGCAACAUCCUUCAUGGCACUAUUUCCCAGAAGGGAAGUGGGGGGUGGGCAGGGAAGCAACCAGGGUUCACAGAAGAGGGAACAGGGUGACAUCUCCGGAUUACGUAAACUCUCAGAGGCUGCCAGCAGUUGGGACAGUUCGGUGUGCGGAGCCUGGAAGCCAGAGAGCGCAACUGUACCGAGCACGCCAAAGCCCUUCCCAGAGACUUGGGCCGCAGAGGUCCUGAGGAUCCAUCAAUCAUGGAGCGCGUGCCCUGCUUGUUGCUACUGCUCCUGCCUCUGCUGCGCGCCUCUGCGGCCACGCCAGAACCCUGCGAGCUAGACGACGACGACAUCCGCUGUGUCUGCAACUUCUCGGAUCCGCAGCCCGACUGGUCCAGCGCCUUACAAUGCAUGCCUGCCGUCCAGGUGGAGAUGUGGGGCGGUGGGCACAGCCUGGAGCAGUUCCUGCAGCACGCCGACCUCGACGCCGACCAGCGGCGCUAUGCUGACGUAGUCAAGGCUCUGCGCGUGCGGCGGCUCACCGUGGGAGCCGUCCAGGUUCCUGCUCCGCUGCUGCUGGGCGUCCUACGCGUGCUCGGGUACUCCCGCCUCAAGGAGCUGGCGCUCGAGGACCUAGAGGUAACUGGCACGGCGCCGCCGCCGCCGCCCCUGGAAGCCACCGGACCUGCGCUUUCCACCUUGAGCCUCCGGAACGUGUCGUGGCCGACAGGGGGCGCCUGGCUCUCCGAACUGCAGCGGUGGCUCAAGCCCGGCCUCCAGGUACUGACCAUUGCCCAAGCACACACGCUUGCCUUUUCCUGCGAACAGGUCCGCACCUUCUCCGCCCUCACCACCCUAGACCUAUCUGAAAAUCCUGGGCUGGGCGAGCGCGGGCUGGUCGCUGCUCUCUGUCCCCACAAGUUCCCAGCCCUCCAGGACCUAGCGCUACGGAACGCGGGAAUGAAGACACUCCGGGGCAUGUGCGCUGCGCUGGCUGAGGCUGGUGUGCAGCCCCAUCACCUAGACCUCAGCCACAACUCGCUGCGCGCUGACACUCCAGGGUGCAUCUGGCCCAGCGCGCUAAACUCCCUCAAUCUGUCAUUUGCUGGACUGGAGCAGGUGCCUAAGGGACUGCCUGCCAAGCUCAAUGUGCUGGAUCUCAGCUGCAACAAGCUGAAUAGGGCCCCGCUGCCGGGCGAGCUCCCCGAGGUGGUUAACCUAUCACUGGACGGAAAUCCGUUCCUGGUCCCUGGAGCCUCCAAACUCCAAGAGGACCUGACGAACUUCGGUGUGUUCCCAGCAUGUCCGCCUUCGCCCCUGGCUUUGGGGAUGUCUGGAACCUUGGCGCUGCUCCAAGGAGCACGGGGCUUUGUCUAAGGACCAGCAAAGAAUGACUGGGUUCCGAUUGCCCUGGUUUCAGAGGAGCCUGGUUAGCACCUUCAGACUUCUGGACUAACCCACCCCGCUUCCCACUUUAUUAAAAUCUUAAAAAAUGGA